ACCAGUCCACUAAACGUACAAGCCAAUCCUAAUCCUACAGUGGGAUUUAUCCUGCAUUUUGUCCUUGUCCAUUUAGCCCUCGGUCUCAUCGUCAAAGAAAUGUGAUAAUCUAAUAAAUCUAAAUAUAAUAAAAUUUGGGGCUUAAUAACUUAAUACCUAGUUUGCGAGCAACUUAUUUAAGAAAUGAAAACAUAAAUAUGAUAAUGUCCUGUCCUAAUUGAAAAAAAGAAAGAAGCUUGCUUCUAUACGUCGGAGUGUGAAAGUGAGCUUGUAUAAAUUUAAUUGUUGCCAAAAAAAAAAAAAUCUAUAAAGAUUCACUCAGUACUCCGAGAGAGCUGAACCUCUUAUAUGAUAAUAUGAUAUCAUAUCCCAAUUCCCAAAUCAUCACUUUGUUGUGUGUGAAACCCCUCUGAAACGAUCUUCACAUCAAGCUCCCCUCUUCCUAUAGAUUACAGAAUCUCCAUCCAAAUGUCGCUUUUAUUGCAAUCGCCUCCCUCAUCAGCCCUCUCCUCUUCUUCACGUCAGAAGGGGAGACUAAGGUUCUUAGCUCGAUCCGCUACGCCCAGAUUUGCUCUCAGCUUCCAGAGGUCGUUUCCUCAAAUUCGCGCCUCCGCCAACUUUUCUUCCUCCCUUGACAAAGGUUUAAGCACUGAAUUUGAUGCCGUUUCAGACUUAAGUGAGAUCGUUCCAGACACCGUUAUUUUCGAUGAUUUCGAGAGAUUUCCACCAACAGCUGCUACUGUUAGCUCCUCACUUCUCUUAGGCAUUUGCAGCCUGCCCGAUACAAUUUUUAGGAGCGCUGUGGAGACUGCAUUGGCAGAUUCAGUGUGUUAUGGGUUGGAAAGCCCCGAUGCUCGAAUGUCCUGCUUCUUUAAUAAGGCUUUGGUGAAAGUUGGCAGUGACCUUGUGAAACUAGUUCCUGGUAGAGUGUCAACUGAAGUGGAUGCUCGUCUUGCUUAUGACACACAUGGCAUUAUUAGGAAGUUUACAAAAUUUGGGUCAUUGCUGGUGAUGAAUUAUCCCAAAAAUUUUGGGCUGGUGCAUGACCUUUUGACCCUGUACAAUGAAAUUGAUGUCCCUCCAGAGCGUUUGUUAUUUAAAAUUCCUUCAACUUGGCAAGGAAUUGAGGCCUCAAGGUUGCUGGAAUCUGAGGGCAUACAGACACAUUUGACUUUUGUUUACAGUUUUUGUCAAGCUGCAGCUGCUGCUCAAGCUGGUGCUUCUGUUAUUCAGAUUUUUGUUGGUCGCGUUCGGGAUUGGGCCCGCAAUCAUUCUGGUGACCCUGAGAUAGAAGCUGCUCUUAAAAGAGGGGAAGAUCCUGGUUUGGCUUUGGUGACCAAGGCUUAUAACUACAUUCACAAACAUGGAUACAAAUCAAAGUUGAUGGCAGCAGCGGUUCGGAACAAGCAGGAUUUGUUCAGUCUUCUGGGGGUUGACUAUAUCAUUGCACCAUUGAAGGUACUGGAAUCUCUCAAAGAAUCUAUAACUUCCCCAGAUGAAAAGUACUCUUUUGUAAGGAGGCUAUCCCCAAAUUCUGCUGCCUCUUACAGUUUCAGUGAAGAAGAGAAUUUUCUCAAAACUUUCAGCCAAGGCCGGUACUAAAAGGGAACAUGGCCUAAGGAUCAUAGAGUGGAAGACUAAGGAUGUCCCACCCUUUACAUAUAAUUCCAAAUGCAGGAUAUUGUGCUGAUUUAACGGCAUGGUCAACAUAGAACAGAAAUCUUGGCCACUCAUUCCAUGUGCCACCCAUUAUGACAAGGGCACAUAUGCAUGUUGGUGCUCAAUAAGGCUACCUAAAGACCUGAAGAUGAUGUGUAAUUCUGGAUGCGUAUAUGUUUUUGAUAUGCAUUUUUUUUUUAAUAGCAGAAAGGAUUAAAUCUUCCUAAUCAUUAGGUUAGUGUCACGAAUUUGAUGACUCUUUAGCUGAUUAUUUGUGCCAAUGUUUAUCUUUCUGAUGGGCUAUCCUUUUCCUCUGAGGUUCACUGUUUCCCUCAGCUGCGUGGUUAGAGUUUCAGAAUUCACAUAUUAGUCAUUUUUUUAAGAGGGUGUUUAGUAGUAUUUUGGAAGAUUUUUCUUGGUUUUAGAAGCAGAAAGUAAGAAAAUAGAAAAUUUAUGUUUGAUCAUCAACAAUUCCCCUACUUCAGCUUUAUAUUUUGUCAGCAAUGUGCACCAUUCCUCUAUAAGCUCUCUUACUUACAUGUAAGAUAUGUUGUUGUUGGUUGGUCAGUUGGUUCUCUUUUAUAUGUUUUUAUUUUCUAUUUUUUUGUUUUGCAAAGAUGAAGAUGUAUUUGACUUUGGAUGUGUGAACAGAUACACAAAAAGAAAAAGGUUCUUUAUUUACCUUGCAAAA